CCGGCAGGGCACCAUUGUUAACCUGCGCCCACCCCCAUCUACACAACAAAACCCGAAGCUGGCAAAAUUGACAAAACGAAAAAAAAUAAAAUAAAAGCGUAAAAGAAAGGAAACCAAAGCCCAAAACCCUAAACUGGACUUUACACAGAGAGGAACCCCUAAAACUCUCUAUCUCUAUACCUGCAUCUGUCUAUCUACUCUUCGAAACCCUAACUGUAGGAACCCUAAUGGCGUCGAAGUUCGGGAUGGCAGGAGGGAUUCCGGAGCGCCGGGUGCGUCCGAUAUGGGAUGCUGUCGAUUCCCGCCAGUUCAAGUCCGCUCUCAAGCUCUCCACCGGCCUCCUCUCCAAAUAUCCCAGCUCUCCCUACGCCCUUGCACUUAAGGCUCUGAUUUUGGAGAGGAUGGGAAAGCCUGAUGAGGCAUUAUCUGUUUGCUUAAAUGCCAAAGAGCUUUUAUAUUCUGAUGAUGUCAUCCAAAUCGAUGAUCUCACCCUCAGCACUCUACAGAUUGUCUUCCGCCGGCUUGAUCGCUUGGACCUGGCAACAUCUUGCUAUGAGUAUGCAUGUGGGAAGUUUACAAAUAAUUUGGAGCUAAUGAUGGGACUCUUCAACUGUUAUGUUCGUGAGUACUCAUACGUGAAGCAACAACAGACAGCCAUCAAAAUGUACAAGGUUGUUGGCGAAGAAAGAUUUUUGCUCUGGGCAGUUUGCAGCAUUCAAUUACAGGUGCUUUGUGGUGAAGGGGGAGAGAAACUGUUACUCUUAGCUGAAGCUUUGCUUAAGAAGCACAUUGCUUCGCAUAGCUUGCAUGAGCCAGAAGCCCUUCUUGUAUAUAUUUCAUUAUUGGAACAGCAGGCUAAGUAUGAGACUGCCUUGGAGAUCCUCUCCGGAAAAUUGGGCUGCCUCGUUGCAAUUGAGGGUGAUAGGUUACGGAUACAGGGUAGACUUCUUGCUCGGGCACGUGACUAUGCUGCCGCUGCUGAUGUCUUCCAAAAAGUCUUGGAAUCAAGCCCUGAUGAUUGGGAGGCUUUCCUACAUUAUUUAAAUUGUUUGCUGGAGGAUGAUUCCAGCUGGUGCCAAGUGACCACCAGCAAUACUCUCUGUUCACCAAAGUUUGUUGACUCCAACAUAUGCAAGUCGCCACAUUUGACAGAUGAAAUGUUCGAUUCACGCAUCUCUGGUGCAACACUCUUUGUACAAAAGUUACAAGCAGAGGCCAAGAAUGAGCAUAUAAGAGGUCCUUACUUGGCGAACCUUGAAAUUGAGAAACGGCGUCGUUUAUAUGGCAAGGAUGAUAAUGGCAAGUUGAUGGAGGUUUUAUUGCAGUAUUUUUACAAGUUUGGACACCUGGCUUGCUUCACUUCUGAUGUGGAAGUAUUCUUACAAGUCUUAACACAUAAUGAAAAGAUGGAACUAUUAAAAGAAAUCUUCAAAUCUUGUGAAUCUCCGUCACCAUCAACAGUCAAAGCACUGGGGAAAGCUAUAACCAGUUUUAGAAUUCAAGAAUCCAUUGGAGCUAUGUCUAAGCUUCCGGUUUGUGAACUAGAAAGCACUGCUUCACGAAUGAUAGAGAUGUACUUUAAGAACCUUCCUCUUUCAAAGGAACUGGACCCACAGGAAAAUAUGCAUGGUGAAGAGCUUCUAACUAUGGCGUGCAAUGUGCUGGUUCAGUUGUUCUGGCGGACAAGACAUCUCGGUUACUUGCUGGAGGGUGUUAUGGUUCUGGAAUUUGGCUUGACCAUAAGAAGAUAUAUCUGGCAAUAUAGGAUUCUUUUGCUGCAUUUAUAUUCUUUCUUGGGUGCUCUUCCAUCAGCAUUGGAAUGGUAUAGAACUUUGGAGAUAAAGAAUAUCCUAUUGGAGACAGCCUCCCACCACAUUUUGCCCCAGAUGUUGAGAUCACCCCUUUGGUCGGAUUUGACAGAUCUUCUAAAUGAGUAUCUCAAGUUCAUGGAAGAUCACUUCCAAGAAGCUGCAGACCUUACCUUUCUUGCAUAUCGUCAUCGUAACUAUACAAAAGCAAUUGACUUUGUUCAAUUCAGAGAACGCUUGCAACAUUCCCACCAAUAUUUGAUGGCUAGGAUUGAAGCUCCAAUCCUGCAGCUAAAGCAGAAAGCAGAUAAUCUUGAAGAAAUAGAGUGCAUUUUUGGCAACUUGAAACAUGGUAUUCAAGUGCUCGAGCUGUCAAGUGAGGAGCAUCUCAAAUCCUUGAUGUUCAAUGAGGAUAUGCAGUCACGACCUUGGUGGUCGCCAGCUCCUGAUAAAAACUAUCUUCUCGAGCCAUUUGAAGGAGAAAAUUUUUACCCUGGAGUAAACAUGGGUAAGCAACAAGCUAAGGAAUGGGAAGCAAACCAACAUAAAGCCAUUGAGAGAAGAUCCCUUCUUCCUCGGUUGAUCUGCCUUUCGGUCCAGAUUGCUUCAUCAUCACAUAAGGAACACAUUGAAACAAACGGGUCUGUUCAUGAUGGCAAAAUCAGUUCUGAUCUGAAGCUUCUGCUUGAACAAUUUGCCAGGAGCCUUGGCCUUUCUUUCAAUGAUGCAAUUGAAGUAAUUGCUGGGAUUUCAGAUGGCUACAAAUCUUUUAAGGAAUAUGGCUCGGACAUGCUCGACUGGAUGAAUUUCGCCAUAUUUGUGAAUGCGUGGAACCUUUCUCAAGAUCUGGGGCUGCCAGACGGAGAUGGAAGCAGGACCAAUUCAUGGCGUAUUGUCAAUAACCUGAUGGAGAAAUGGGCCGAUGAGCAAUUACAAUCUGCACAGCCCAUCCUAACAUACCCUGGAGAAGAUCUUCUGAUCUUGGUGCAGAUGGUGACGGAGCCCUUCUACUGGCACAGUCUUGUAAUCCAAUCAUGCGUUCGUUCCUUGCUACCCACCGCUGGCAAGAAAAAGAAAAAGAGCAGUGGCACAGAUCAAUCGCACUCACCGUUAUCGCAGGCCGUCCGGAGUUCAAUCCAGUCCUUGUGUAAGGCUGCAGAAAAGGUCAUGAAAUGGUUGGAAGACCAACACAACAAGCCAGAGGAUGAAAAGCUGAACAACCUACUCUCCCUUAUCCAGAUAAAUGGAUCUGAAAUGGGGCCUGGGCAUGUCUUCCAGUUACUAGAAGCCAUGGCUUCAACACCACAUCCACAAGUUGGGGAGCGGGUCUUCCAAGCGAUUCAGACAUGGAGUUCGGCUGAUGUGGUGAGGGGAAUUGUUAGAAGCCAGUCCACAGUGCUUUCUGAAUUCCGCUGCGCAUGUAGUUCGAGGUUGAAGUCGAUGGCGUCUGCUUUGAAGCAGUUGGUUUAGGCACUGGGGAUCCCAGCGAGAUAUCAUUGUGCUGGUGACCAUUGAUUCAAGUACCGGGUUUCCGAGUGUGACUUCCCUGGGGUCUGAAACUGGUAUGACUCCUCUGACUCGGUAUGACUUAGUCCGACUUAACCCAACUCGGUCCUGUAUUGCUGUGGUGACUCGUAUUAUUUUGGACUGAAACCGAUAAGACCUGGACCAUAUCGAGUUGCAUGGGAUGAUAUUUAAAACCAUGGUUGUGAAGAGGGGUUGAAUUCUCUGUAUUUGUGUGAUGCUUCUUGGUGUGGAGGGAAUGAGAUUUUGUAGGUUUUUAGGCAGAUAUUGACUGCUGUAUUUUUGACCCCCUUUUUUCCAUUGCUGAGUAGUUUGUACACUAGAAUAAUAGUGACUAGUUCUGAUCAAAACCAUAGUUCCAAAUAUA